AUGGAUGAAAAAAACCAGAGGAAGAGAACUUGGGAAAGAGUGCUGAGUGAAUUUACAGAUGAUCUAUGGACUGAGAUUCUCCUGCGACUUCCAAUAAAGACCUUACUUCAGUUCAAAUCCGUUUCCAAAUCAUGGUUUUCCAUUAUUUCUAGUCAUCGUUUCGCCACAUCUCACCUUGCAAAUGCUGCUAAAGACGAUCAGAUUCUCAUCGUACGCUAUGAUAUAGAUGAUUAUGAACUGGAAGAUGAAGAAGACUAUUUUUCACUCUUCCACCUCGGUUCAGGCUGUACAUUAGAGAGUCUUAGAUUUCCUUACUCUCAAGGUGAGUAUCCCCCGCAUAUACCAUAUUGUAGGCUUAUAGGCUCAGAAUGUGGCAUUGUUUGUGUUGAGGUCUCUGUCUCUCGCUGGCGUGCCACUAAAAAAGACGUUGAUAUAUAUCUCUGGAAUCCUGCAACAAAGCACUCCAAGAUCAUUCCCCCGCAUACUGUAGUCGAUCAAAGGUCACAAAUGGCUUUCGGGUUUGGAUUUGAUCAUGUAGACUUGGAUUUUAAAGUUGUUAGAAUGGUAGCAGCUCCUCUAUCCCCCACGGUCUAUUUGGCUGAGGUCUAUUCUUCAAACAGGAAUACUUGGCGAAAGAUUGAGCCCACGCCUACUGAUUAUCCGAACUACAAUCAUUUUGAUGCAUCCUUGCACGGAUUUUUGUUUACCAUAGGAUAUUGUGGUAUGAUUGCUUUUGACAUAAAUAAGGAGGUUUUCAUUUCUGAUAUCAACCUCCCUUAUUCUCUUGGCGAUUAUGCUUAUUUUGAAACUCGAGUUACUGAAUUUAAGGAUAGUGUUGCUACCAUUGUCUCUGUUAUGUACAAAAGAAAGAUAAAGUUGUGGACAUUGGAUGAUGAGGCAUGUCUUUGUGGAAGUGGUGGAGUUGAGGCAUCAUGGACUAUAAUGCAGGUUGUCCAUGUAGGUGUGAGAAUACAAUUCGUUGAGGGCCAUUUUAACGAUGUUCAGUUCUUAAUACUCGAUGAAGAUGAUGACAGGUUUUUGUAUGAUUCGGAUAAGAAAGCCACAAAUGUCCGUAUUCCUCCUUAUUUUUCAGGUCAUAAUUUUUUCAAGUACAGGAAGAGCUUGUUUUCACUCGUAGGAUUCAAACGAAUCAAGUGGGAUGUUUCAUAUUCAAGGCAGCACGAUUCAUCCGACUCGGAUGUAGAAAUAGAUGAAUGA